ACCAGAUGGCAGUAAAUAGAAGAAAGAAAUUGCACCAAAUUAACGAUGCAGACGAUGUGGAUGGUGUGGUAGAAAAGUCAUUAUUUUUGGAAAGAAGAAGAAGAAAUGGCUGCUUUAAAGUGGUGAGGUUUUGGACUUGUUACUCCCAUGAGAGAUUAAACAGCAGCUUGGAUUAAAUGUGAACAAAUUGAUAUGCAAACCAUUGAGAGUAUUUGGAUUUUAUCCGCUUUGACCUCCUGUUUUUCCAGGUACAAAUAUGAUGCACAAAGCCCAUUUCUUUUAGCCAUUGAUCACCAGCUGCAUGAGGACCCGUGUUUAUCGAGCCAACAUCCACAGUGAGCAUGAAGGUGAAACGAUGAAAAACAACUAACCAGUUGUUUGAGAGCCGUCAAGUAUGAUGGAAGACCUAAUGCUCCAGGCCCUUCAGAGAUGCUGGAAACCUUGUUGAUAUACACUAACAAAGUCCCCAUGUAAUUGGAUGCACACUGUACACAUGAUUAUUAAUUUGUUCAAACCAAACGCAUUUUUAAUCAGAUCUGGUGGACCGAUAAACUGGUCUUCUUUCAAUAGGAUAUUGAUCCAAAACAUAUCAAGUCAACAUGGAAACGGUUCACUGAACACAAAAUCAACCUUCACCGAUGAUCAUCUCAACCCAGAAACCCGAAUCCUAGAAAACGUGAGAUGAAGAGAACAUGAGAUGGGACUCGGUUAGGGAAACACUACAUUAUUCAUUCUGUAUUCCUUACAUCAAGGCUGCUUUUUUAACAUGCUUUAUUUUUUUUGAGGUAAUAAAUCUAGGUAAAAAACAGGUCUAAAUUUAGUCUUGACUUUUAAACUAAAUGCAUACCAAAUCUACAUUUAAAGCAUUUCGACAUUAUUUUAAUUUUUAAAAUUGCUCAAUGGAUUUCCGAAGGUCCCAGUAAUGAUUAUCUUAGAACGGAAUAUGCUUGUUCCAAGUGUUUGUAUGACCUUAUACGCCUUGUUGAUCCUUUGUGACACAAAGUCCCUUCUAGUAAAAGACUUUAUCUGAUGAUGUCGGAAUGCAAAAUAUUUUCAGUGACAGGAUGCACAGCCUCUGCCCACAUCAAACUGUAGGGGAAGUGUUUGCUGCGACGCACCGCAGUACAUCGGUUUAUAUACAACAGCUUGCGAAAGAGUUGCAGUAAAAGCAAGCGCUGGUCCACAAUGGCACUACUGGCUUACGCUGUGCUGUUGGUCUGGCUUUCUGCUUAUUCAGAGAGCACUCUCAUUUCCCAAGAGCCUGGUGGAAGCAUCAGUUUGACAUGCUCCUCCGAUGGAUGUCCAGAAAAAAUCGACGGAUACAAUUAUCUGUAUCUGUACCAUGAGAAGGAUGAGGUCUUGUUCUUUUCUUUCACAACUCCGAGUGUGGCUAUGCCAAGAGUAAAGUAUGAACACAGGAUCCAGACACACAGACCUAACAUGACCUUUACUAUCAGCAACCUGACCGUGGAUGACCAGGGUGUCUACACAUGUGUCUACAAAAAAUCAGAUAAAGUCUUUGUCAUUUGCAGCAUCUACGGAGUUUUCAUAACAGAAACAAUGUCAUGUCCCACGAUGCCUCCCACCAAAUGUUCCACCUUCGUUGACACAAGGACAGCACUGAUGCUGUUUAUAAUUUUAAUCUGUGUCAUCAGUGUGCUGGCCAUGUGGAUCUUCUUCUUGCUGAUCACUCCAAGGGUGAAGCUGUGGUGCAUCAGGAGAAGAGCGGGAGGCGAACAGAAAUUCUCCACCGAUAAUGUGUAUGAAAUCAUGAGCAGGAACGGACGAGGCCAAACUGCUUAGAAAAAAUCCCACACAGGGCCUACUUGAUGAACAUUUUUUUUCUGUAUUUCCUUCAGUUCGCAUCUGUUAAUACUCAAAAGAAAUUUUAAAUGUUUUUUUUUUUCAAAACUAAGCGUCAAAUCUAUGUGAUCUACAGUGCAAGUAAGAGAGAACAAGAGUCAGACACAAUGAGACCAGAUGCUGUUGUGUCCCACAUAUUGACGCAGCAGAUCUAACUGCUAGAUAUAACAGUGGUUUACAAGUCUGUUGUUAAAAUGUCAGAUAUGUAGAAAAUUAUUAUUGUCAUGUAGCCGUUUUUGGCUUUAAACCAAAAUUUUGUUUGAAAAUCGGUACAACAAGUAAAUGACUAAAUAAGAUUUUUCUCAGAAUCUGUGGUAUUUAAAGGUCCGGACUGGGUUUGGUGAUGAGUUUAUCAGAUGUGAACAGAAGGAAACCACAAGCAUCUGUAAACUGCUGUCAUCUUAAAGACAUGCUUUUCUCACCAGAAGAGACCAUUUGGUGGCACUGAACCAUGCAAUGGAGCAACUUCACUCUCUUUGUAUGCAACACACGCAACUUUUUAUUUCUGUUUUCUAACAUUUAAUUUUCAUGAAACAAAAUGUUUUCUUUUUGCUCAUUUGUAAAUGUUUUGCCUUAGAGGCCACCUUACAUUGUAUGAUUGCUUUGACUAUUUCCUGUUAUUUGGUGUGUUGGAAUCCCUGGAGGACUGAAAUGCAAUAACUUAAAAAAAAUUAAACAUUUUAUUAAAAGAG